AUGCCGCCGGAUCGGGGCCGUGCCUCGCGGGCAUGUACCUCAUGCAGGAAGCAAAAAACCAGAUGUUACGAGCCCGGUAUUCCUGGGCGAGCCUGUCUUCGCUGUGAUCGACUCCGCCAACAAUGUUCGCUUGUCCAAAUUGGUAUAUCGGAUGAGGAACCUGUAGCCCCCGCAUCCGGUACGGAUGUUCGCUUGGAACGCCUUGAAAGGUCUGUGGCUGCAUUACUCGAUCGACUUGGAGAGGGCCCUCCAAGGACCCCAGGCCAUGAGACCAGCAGACCUUCCACCGCACAGACUGCCGAGUCAGAAGUGCCAUACAAGGAGACGGAAUCUUCCGCGGCUCCAAUCAUGGUCAUUCGCGAUCUGGCAACGGAUACCGGCCCUAAACCAUCUUCCGACAUCCGGUCGAUGAGUGCGGAUUUGGAUGAUCUUAUUGCGCCUGAUCUUGCACUUACGCUAAUUACUAUUUUCCUCGAGUAUUACGGUCGGUGGGUUCUUUUUGACCCUGACUGUGAGCCCGCUGAGCUUCUCCGCCGAGACCUGGCUGUGAGCCUUGCUCCUAAGCUCUACGAACAUGCCCGCUCCUUGGCCUCGACUACUCUUUUGGUCGCGCCACAACCAAUUGAGUUCUUCCAAGCGGCUCUGAUUCUUUCUAUGUGGUCGACGACAGUGGGCCAAGUACCCUUGAGCAUUGAUAGCUGGCUUUUGAGCGGUUUUGCUCUGCAGCACUCACAAUCAAGUCCGCUAUUUACUGUAGUCACAACCCAGUCCCACCCUCCAAAUAGGUUGGACGAGGCAACUAUGGAUCGUUGCUAUUUAUGGAACCAUCUUUGUCUUGCUCACAUGCAUUACUGUGUUGGUACCAGUCGUCGAUCUAUGUUACAACCUUGGCAAAUUGAAAGAUGCCGUGCUGUCAUAGAUUCCGACCACGCGAUUAACUUCGAAGUGCGCAUGGUUGCUGAAAUAUAUCUCUACUGGACUGUCUACGAGCACUUGAUACAUGAGUCAGUAGAUUUAUUAAAAUCAGUCGCAGCUUUACAGACAUGGAAGAGGAAAUGGGAAUUCGUCCUUGACCAGCCAAGAUCGCAAUUCUUAUCCAUGGGCUUCCACUUCUCCCACCUCCUUCUAUAUGAACACGCCCUAAAAUCCAAAUCCGCCCGAGCCAGGGAAUCAGUCGUUUCAGAAAUGAUCCGCCAUUCCACCGCGAUAGUCCAACUAGCCAUGGAUACGGUAGAUGAGCGAACCCGCCAUUUGACCGAUCACAUCUACCACAUGAUAACAUUCGCCGCCAUUGUCAUCUGUCGCCUGUCAACUGCGUACCAAGAACAAGUCGCUUCAACCCAUAACAUCGAUGAGCUGGACUCAUUGGUCCAUGAUCUCGUGCAAUGGCUGUACUGCAUUGGAUUACCGUGCCACGCGGCACAUACCCUAGGCAAUAUUAUCGCCAAGGUUCAUCAGAAGCUUAGACCUCGUGUAGAGGCUUCGCCGCCAGAUGCACCACCCGACGAGAUGCUGAAUGACUUCAAUUAUUAUUUCCCCGAGUUUCUUGGGCUGGGGAUGUCUGCUGAUGGGAAUUGGGAUCUUCUUUCUAAUAUGGGGCUUUUCCCGCAAAGUCCAGAGGGUUCAAGGCGGCCUGAUUGA